CAUAGGAAUUCUUUGGCUUUGGGGCUGUUUCAAUCAAGGAGGUCUUUACCUGGAAUCUCAUGAGAUCAUGGAGGGUGACAGCAAGAUCCCAGAGAAAGAAACAGCUGCUUUGAGUUGAGGGAAGGAAGUACAACAUCCGAAGUCUCAAAGAUGAAAUGAACCAUAUUUUGAUUAUUUUUUAAUGUUACCACUGCAUAAUUCUAUCAAUUUUUCUCCUCUGAUGCUCAAAUCAUUUUCUCCAAUCUCCUCCCACCCUUCUUUUCUUCUCUGUUUUCCCCCCUAAAAAAGUAAGAUGAGACUGGGAUAUGAACUUAAAGAAGCUAUGUUUAAAAGCAAAGCUGAUUGAAGCUAAGAUUAAUUGCCCCAAGGAAGAAAGAAUAUGGCCAGUGUAACUUCUGAAAUAUCAGUCCAAACACUGAAAUAUAAUGUUCUGCACCUGAAUUUGACUUUUCACAUACUUCCUUGUGUAAUGUAUUACAAAUGAUGAAAUGAAAUACCUUUUUCACUUAAAUGUGUAGAUGUUAUAACAAUACUAGUUAAUUUUCCAGACAGACAAAUUUAGAGAAAUAGAACAUUUCAGAAGUUUUAAAUGCCCUGUGCUUCUUUCCUACACCCUUCUUUUCUGCUUUGAGUUUUUUCUUCAUUUGAUUCCAUUUCUUAACCUUAUUUAUAUAUAUAUAAUGCACACGGUAGCAAUAAUUUUUGAAAUGCUAUAUGUCAUCUCAGCUACCACUGAGAAAUCAUUGACAAUUCUGAAAUGAUGGAGUCUAGGAAUAUGUCUAGAGUGAGUGAAUUUAUCCUAUUAGGAAUUCCCUUUCUGUAUGAUCUUCACCGAGUCUUCUUCGUGGUGGGUCUAUUCAUGUACCUUGUAACCAUCCUUGGGAAUGGCUUCAUCCUUAUCAUUGUAGCAAUUGAGCCAAGACUUCAGACACCAAUGUACAUCUUCCUAAGCAACCUUGCUUUCCUGGAGAUCUGCUAUACCUCCACUGUGGUACCCAAAUUGCUACAGACGUUUAUAGAAGCCAAAACCACCAUUUGCUUCCAUUGCUGUCUGGCUCAAGGAUUUUUUCACUUCUGUUUUGGUACCACAGAGCUCUUCAUCCUCACAGCUAUGUCUUUUGAUCGCUAUCUGGCCAUCUGCAAGCCGCUUCAAUAUCCCAUCAUUAUGUCCAAGCACAUGUGCUUUCAAAUGUCUUUGGCCACCUGGUAUGCUGCCUUUGGGAUUAUCUUUUUUCAUUAUUUUAUUAUUUGGACAUUGCCAUUCUGUGGGUCCAAUAUUGUUGACCAUUUCUUCUGUGAUAUUGGUCCUCUGUUGAGCCUUGUGUGUGCUGAUAUUCAUCUCAUUGAGUCCCUCAGAAUAUUGACUAGCUUUGUCGUUGUGAUUAUGACCUUAUUUCUCAUGAUUCUGUCCUACAUUUUUAUCAUUGCCACCGUCCUACGCAUUCCCUCCUCUGUAGGGCGGAAGAAGGCCUUCUCCACCUGCACCUCUCACCUGUUGGUAGUGUCCAUCUUAUAUGGAGCUCUUGUCUUCAUGUACGUGAGGCCCAACGUCCAGUCCUCAUACCGCUUGACAAGGACUGUGGCGAUUCUGAACACCACUCUUACCCCAAUGCUGAAUCCUUUCAUAUACACAAUUAGGAAUGCCGAAGUCAAAAAAGCUGUCCAGAAUGUAAUCCAUAAAAGGAAAGGGACCUUACAUUGAGACAAUGAAUGGAGAAAUAGUUCCAGCACUGUCUUAUGCAACAGGAAUGAGAUGAACUUUAGAGAAUUGCGGCAUUGGUGGCAUUUUGAGUGUGGCAAUCAGAAUUCAAUCGGCAGUUUCAGACUUAAAAACACCAUUUGACUUUAUAGUUUACAAUACAGGUGGUUCUUGACUUACAAUUACAAUUGACCCCAAAAUUGUGAGACAUUUGUUAAGUGAGUUUUGCCCCAUUUAACAACCUUUCUUGCCACAGAUGGUAAGUGAAUUACUGCAG